ACCGAUACAGUUUUAGUCAUUAAGCCAUGUUUGUAGAAAUGGUAGAAUGUUUUUUUGAAAUAAGAUUGUCGAUUUGCCAUUGAUCCAUAGCCCAUAUAAAGAUUCAAAAACAGUCUUAACCAAUAUUGUUAACUUUCUUACCUUAUUAAUAGGGAAAAUGCAACGUUAAAAUAGGCCUAUACUGUUAAACUUUUUUGUAAAGAUAUAAUUUUUUCAUUAAACGCAGUUCUGCACACUCACUCUGAAAUAUAAGCAAGAUUCGGGUAAAUGCAUGAAAUAUGCGUCAUAAUAAAACAAUAACAGGAUAAAUUAUGAUCAUUUAUUCAGUCUUCAUCGUCUGUUGGAUGUCCAGCGGGGUGUGUUACCUUAUUCUCAGAACUGCCAAAAGGGGGAAAUGCUUAUCGAUUGAUCUGAUAAGAGGACAAUUUAAAGGCCAGUCGCAGAGCUUUGCGCCAAAACAGAGCAAUACAAAGGAGAUAGAGUGUGCAAGGCUUCAUAUGCAGAACAACACAUAUUGCAGAUAAUACUUAAUAAUGCUCCUCUUACUCUUUGUCACUGUUUGUGGAAGUAGCAUCGGCGUGGAGAGCCUCCCGUUGCCCGACUCUGGUCCACAUUUGGCAAAUGACUGGGGAGAAGCCGUCCGGCUCCGACAUCUGUACGCAGCCAGACGCGGUUUACAUCUGCAAAUAAACACAGAGGGAGAAAUCAGUGGAUCGCACAUGCAAAGCUCGGACAGUUUGGUUGAGAUUCGGCCGGUGGAUACAGGCAGUGUUGUCAUCAGAGGAGUUGCAAGCUCCCGAUUUCUCUGCAUGGAUAGAAGGGGAAAACUGUAUGGAUCGCACACUUACUCUAAAGAGGACUGCACUUUUUUGGAACGCAUCCUGCCAGAUGGCUACAACAUCUACGUCUCCAGCAAAUAUGGAGUUCAUGUGAGUUUGGGUAACGACGGGACCGCAACAUCCCAGUUCCUGCCCAUGGUGAACACACUUUCUCAGGAACCCACUGACCGCCACUCAGGGGAACAGCGCUCUCUCGUUGACCCCGAGCAGGACCAUCAGUUAGGCCUUCAAAUAGACAGUAUGGACCCUUUUGGAAAGAUCUUUCAAAUUGUGAUCCAGAGUCCCAGUUUCAACAAAAGAUGAGGAGUGAACGAUCACUUGUGGAUGUUCUAAGGAAACGUCUCCUGAGGUCAAGAAACAGAAGACUGUGUAAAAUCAGUCCUGCCAUGAACCAGAGCACAGGGCCAGACUUUUAGAAAGUGCUAGAAAGUCAAUCUGCACACUGGAUACAGACACAGGACAAUGUAGUGUUCUAGACAGCAAACAAACAAAAAGAAAACCACUCCACAUGUUGAAGGUUGUUGUGAGAUAACCUGCAGCAUGAAUUUAUUUAUUUUUCUAUUUUUGUUUGUGAUGAGCUUGCUCUCUAAUUAUGGUUUAAAAUUUUUGCACUGUAAAAAAAUAUUUUAUAUCUUUUUUGUAUUCUUUGUUAUACAGUUAUUUGUUCUUUCUGAAUGAGGACAUUCUACAAAGGUUUUAAGCAAAGAUGAAUUCUAAAUUACUUUGAAAUCUGAUUACUUAUAUGCUAAAUGUUUUUUUUUUAAAUGCAUGUGACCACAACUAAUAAGACAGAAGUUUUUAAUUCUUAAAUAUAAGCAUCAUCUCUAACUCUUUCGUUAUCAAGAAUUAAAAUUGAGGCAUUUUUUUCUUGAUACUGUUGACUGCAUGAUAUAGCAUAUUACUUCCACAAAAUACAGAUGAAUAUUAUAAAGAUUUGUGGGUCAAAGAAAAAGCAUGUCCUUGCAGGAUGCCCUUCAAUAACAGUUUGCAUAAAGUUUUUGUAACGUUGUGGCUCCCUCUUCUGGCAAAGAAGUGCAUUGCAUUUUGAGAUAAUGGUGUUAAAGGGAUAGUUGACCCAAAAAUGAACAUUUUGUCCUUAUUUACUCACCUUCAAUUUGUUCCAAACCUGUAUGUGGUUCUUUAUUCUGAUGAACACCAAAGGAAGGUAUUCUGAAGUAAACAGUUUUUGGUCCCCAUUGACUUCCAUAGUUUUUUUUUUUUUCUUUUUCUCAAUACUAUGAAAGUCAAUGGGAACCAUAUUUUUGGUUUCCAACAUUCUUCUUCAAAAUAUCUUCUUUUAUGUUCCACACAAGAAAGAAACUCGUACAGGUUUGGAACAACAUGAGGGUGAGUAAAUGAUGACAGAAUUUUCAUUUUUGGAUAAACUAUUCCUUUAAAUGUAAUGUAAAUGAAAGUGCCUUAUUCAACUACUCAAUCUGAAGAUCACACAUAGAGCCCAUGUAUGUAUAUAGAGAAGAGAUUACAUGAGAGACAGCCUACAGAGAAACACUUGCCACAAAAGAGAUAUCCCGAUAAUAUGUGCAACAGUGAUCUCAGUGUAAAAUAGUAUAAGGUCUCCUUAUUGUAUCUCUCAGUAUACUGUAAUGUCAGCAUUGAGCCCAUUGCUGAUCACUGUAUAUAAUGUGGUGUCUUCUGCAAGCACGCAAAGUACAUGUAUUAAUGACUUGCAUUGUUUUAGAAGUUCUUCUAUAUAUAUAUAUAUAUAUAGUAGGGUAAAGUUUUCACUUUUGCUGUACUGAUAAAAUACCAGAACAUGGGAUUUUUUUUUUGUCAUGUAGGCUAAUGCAAACAAAAUAAAUUAAAAU